CAGAUGAGAUGGAGGGAGGGCUGUGGGAUGUCAUGUGUUAAGAAGCAGAUUCUCAUUGGAGGCAAAGAGAAAGAAGAUUGCUAUGCAUGUUUUGAGGGGGGAAAAAAGGAAAACAAAAAAAGGAUUCUACAUGCUGAAGCCAUUUUGGUUGCACUGCUACACUUUGGAUUCCGGAUCUGAUUAUUAAGUGUAGUGGCAGUGGAAAUGAUGUCCUCCAAGUUGAAGUGGCUGAUUGUGAUCCAGCUGCUGCUGAAUGAACAGGCUCUGUGCAGGGUCCCACCUUCUCUGGCGCUGAGAAACACUCUGGGAGCGGCCUUCCAUGGAGAAGUAGAGGAGACAGCCAAACAGGAUCAUCAUUCUGUCCUGGGAUCCCAGCUCCACCUUGGUCGUGUAUCAGUGAUGGCACAAAAAGAGGAGAGAGUCCGAUCUGCCAAACAUGUAAUCACAGGCCUCCGGGAAAAGCUUCAGAAGCACAUUCAAGAUCAUCUCCACAUCCAGGAGAACGUCAGCUGUGAGGAGCUGCUUUCUGCCAGCACCAUGGAUAACCCAUCAUCCUCUGUGUUCCCCCAGGAACUGCUGGGUCUCUCUUUAGUGCCUGUGUUGGUGGUGGCAGGCUGCCCACAGGAGGCACAGACCCUGGUGCUCAAACUGUACGACCUGCUGGGAGUGGCUGAUACAGAGGAGCUCCUGAUGGAGGUGGAGGGUCUGAUAGAGAGGAGGAUGAGCAAGUCUGCUUCUACACCUGCACCUGCAUCAGCAGCCUUGCCUCUGGAGAAGGAGCGAGCAGAGCUUCACAUAGAGGCUGUCAUGUUUAACAUUCAGCAGUUGGCCAUGGUGGAAGAGGGUACCCCAAAGCAGAAAGGGAAUUGUGAUGGUUGGACCAGAGUGAAUGGAACCACACUGGCGGGAACAGCUGUGGAAGGAGCCACAGGUGAUCUACAGGAGGCUGUGAGCACUUGCGAGAGACUGGGAGUCCUGUGUGCUGGCGUGACUAACACUGGACUACUCAAACCUGGGAAGUACCAAGCAGUGUUUAAGAAAGGUAGUCGCAUCCUACCGUCUGAAUCCACAGAGUAUGAGUGCUGGAUCCGUCAGUGCGCCAUGGAGAACGAUGUUUCCAUCCCUGCUGCUUCAGCUCGACGGAUGAAGCGAAGCCCCCACAGGAACUGCAUCAACAAAAGUGAGGAGCGCGUGUACAACGUGAUGGAGUGGAUCCCUGCGGUCAGCACCCUCUACAACCUCGGCACAGCUGUGUACUAUGCCUCCGUCAACUGCUCUGAAACAGCCAAGGAGAGAGCCAUACUCAGUGCCGUUGACCUCGGCACAGAUGCUCUCAUGGUCGCCACAGGCGGGACCGCCGGAGUGGCAGGCUAUGCACUGGGCGCUGGCGUGAAGACCGGUGUAAAAGCUGGUGUCAGGUACCUGCUUAACUCCAUGAAACAGGAAGACGACGUGCUGGUGAACCAGUUCAGCUGGGAGGAAGGCGUCAUCACCAUCCAGUGAAGCUUGUCAGGCCUGUGAAGCUUUAGCAGUAAAUAUCGUUGUAACUAGUUGACACGAUGGCAAUGGAUCAGUGUUUGUUAAAUGACAUGGUUGAAGAGUAACUAAUUGGUUAUAAUCUAGAUUAUUUGGAGAACACGAUUACAAGUUAUUAGUCCAUUUUGAAAAGAGAAAAAUGCUUUUUUUUGUGUGUGUGACUGCACGCAAACUUCAUUUGACACAAUAAUUAUUCCUCAUUGAAGAUGAGGUCAGCUAGUCUGUAAAUUCAAUUAAAUUAGCCUACUUUUCGAGAGACACAAUUUCAUCUAAAAUGUACUGAAAAGUACACAUUCAUUGUAAAUAAUCUCAGCAAUGUAUAAACAUAAGAAAGGUUAUAAAUUAAGUAUUGAGCCUUUUUUGCUUUUAGAAAAAUAGCUCUUUUGUGCAUAAUGAGUAUAAUAGUUGGACAAUUUAUCAUAUUAAGCAGCAAUUUCUGAAGAACUGGUCUCAGGAAAUCAAACCUUCAAUCCCUCAAGACUUUUCUUUUUCCCAUCCAUCGAUUUCUUCUCUUCACCGUUCUUCACUCUUGUUUUUCUCAUUCUCGCACAUUUUCUCAUGUCAGAGUCACAUUCUCACCUCUGGUGUGACCGCAGGGACAAUAGAUGGAGAACUAAAUUUUGUUGUUUUAUAUGAUUAUUCUUCAAAUGUCAAUAAAUUGUAUAUGAAAGCACACACUCAUAUUGAUUGUAUUGUGACAUAAAACAUAUAGGUAAAGUGGGGAAUUGAAAAAAUGUGCACACCACAAGAAAACAUUACUUGCAUGUUCACACUAAGCUACCUUUUCAGGGGUAAUUUGAGGAUGACUGGCAAACUGCUGUUUUUAACUGUUUGUUUUUCAGUAAUCUUUCCACUUUCUUGUAGCUGGAUGUUUAAAUUCAGUCAGAUUUCACCUGUUUGAGGGUAUAACGGUCUUUACAGAUGGAUGGGUUGAGGCUAAUAGGUUAUCAGUGAAGGGUAGCUUAA